CUCACUGCAGGGCUUGGGAUUUGCUGCUUUGUCCUCCUUUUUUUUAACGUGCUUCCCCUCCUUCCUUCCUUCCUUCCCUUCCGCCUUCCUCUGCUUCCCAGCCCUCUCCCGAUGCUGCUGCGGGGGGUCCAUGGAGGGGGGCUCUCCCUCCGAGACACAGCGGGUGCUGCGGCCCCCGAAGCAGCACAGCCAGAGCAGCAGCCGAACUGCUGCCCAGCCAGAGCACCUGGAGGCCGCCCGCGGCCCCUGUGCCAUCCUGGAGAGCAAGGUCAAGGCGCUGAAGGAGAAGAGGGGAGGUGGCCGACCAGGGACCCCUGCAGCCGCUCCUGAGCGUUCAUCACCCAAGAAGCCCCGAGCCCGGCGGGGGAAGCUGGGGGUGGAUGUGGCAGUGGUAGAGCCGCGGGCUCAGCUCCGCACCUACCUGACGGAUGGGCUGCUGGAUGGUGGGGACCCUGUGGCCAGCAGCCCCUCAGCACCCCGUGUCAGCACCCCAGGGCUCUGGAGGGUGCCAACACCCAAGGGAGAUGUGCUGGGUGGCACCAAGCUCUCCCUGGAUGAAGGCAUUGGGUCCCAGGUCUCUACCAUGCUUCAUGGGAGAUGCACUCUGGAAGAAGCAGCACGAACCCCACCACGGGACGGAAGGGUUCACUCGGUGUCCCCUACCAUGCUGGGGGGCUGGGAGAGGCUCUCUCUGGCUGAGAGGGUUGAAAGGAACCGGCGGCUGCUGCAGGAGGUGCUGGGUCUCACCACACCUGAGGUACUGGCAAGCGACGGGGACUGGGAUUCAGGAGUCUCACUGCAGGAUGCUGAAGGCUGCAGAGCCUUUGUCCCCGGGCCGGAGCUGCAGCUGAGCCCGCGGCACGAGCAGGCCAAGCAGCUGCUGCAGCGCGCCCGCAUGAAGGCUCGCACGAACCCCCUGCGCGCCAGCCACGACAUCCUGCUCCGCUCCGCCGCUGCCCCGCACCCCAGGGAACCCAGCGGGAGGCUGAGCAUCGCCCCUCGGGACGGCGGGAGCCUGAGUGACUCAUCGAGCGGCGAGUCGAGCUGCGGGCCACCGCGGCGGCCUCGGGGACCCUCCCCAUCCCGCGUCCGCUUCGAGGACGAGUCUGCCCGCGACGCCGAGGUGCGGUACCUGGAGCGGCUGCAGCUGCGCCACCGGCGGGCGCUGGGCUCGGUCUUCUCGCCGGAGCCGGCCAGCGGCGGGCACCCAGGGGACAGGACCAGCCAGCCCAAAGCCAGGAGCAGUGACCUUGUGGCUGGGGGCAAGUGCAGUGCCUGCGGCUCCUUCCUUGGUGCCACUGCCAGCACCACCAGCCGAGGCACGGACACGCCCGCAACUGCCAGCGAGGCUGAAAGUAGCCCUGCAGCGAAAGGAAGCACCCCAGGGGACAGUGGGGGGCCAAGUGCUGCUCGUGCAGAGCCCAAAACCAGGGCUCUGGGCCCCCGCGGGUCCCCACUGUGGAUCCUUCCCUCCCGGCAGCGCAUCCACACCGAGAAGAUCAAGGAGACGUACAUCGGGAAUGUCACCUACAUCGACGAGGUGGACUCGGCCCUGGAGAGCACUGACACCUCUGACGGCUGCCGGACAGACAGCGAGGAGGCAGGGCCCCACAGCCCCCACUCGCGGGGGCACCGGGACCCCCGGGCUCGUGGGCACAGGGCCCCCAGUGCUGUGCCUCACACAGAGGCAAGGGCUGGGAAGGGCACGUGUGUGGUCAGCGCUGCCCCCCGCACAGGGGACAGGCGCUCAGGCAGUGCCACAAGCCAGCUGGGGGCUAUUUCCUCACCACCACCACCAGGGCCAGCCAGCACCAAGGAGCAUGGGGCCUCCCACCAGCACUCAGGGGGCAGCAAGGAUGGGGGAAGCACCCCUCAUGCCCCACAGCAGCCCAGCGAGACCUCAAAACACUCUUUGCAGCCGGGGCCUGGCACCCCCACACCAGGCACCCACCUCCCUGUGCCCCCUCCCACCAAAAAGGCCUGCCCCCAGGUGCCUUGCAGGAAAGCCCUCUUCUCCAGUGGCAGCCAUUGGACGUCAAGCCAAGAGGCCCAAGGUCCGGAGCCCAAUGGUGGGAGUGCUGUCUCCUGCCAGCCUGUGGGCACAGUGGGGUCAGGGGAGCGGCGGAGUCCCUGCAGCCCCAGGUGGCUCCCAGGGAGCCCCCUCCGUGCCUUGUCCACCAACAACUGCAACAACACUCAUGAGCAGGACCUCUCAGAGACAGACAAAGAGGCACCAUCGCAUCCCACCUCACAACCCCAGGAGGCUGCUCAUCCCCCUGGGGAAGUUGCUGGAAUUCCUGGAGUGCAGCAGCAGUCAGCCAGGAGCACAGCACAUGGGCAGCCGGGGAAUGAGCAUCGUCCCUCUCCGUGCAGGGAGCUGGGGCCGCCGGCCGGCCGCAAGGGCAGCGGCGCUUCGGCCUCGGGGCUGAAGAAGCUGCUGUGCAGCCUGAGCCAGAGCACCAAGCAGCGCCUGGGCCGCUUCCGCUGCUACAGCAUGGAGCAGCUCCCGGCGCCCGACGGCAGCCCUCCCGAUGGCCCUGGCAUGAAAAAGUCACCCUCCCUGCAGUCCCUGCGACUGGUGUCACCCUUCUGCCAGCCCCAAAAGGCCACCUCUGUCCAGAGCUUGCAUCCCUUCCUGGGCAAGGGAUCCCGUGCCAGUGCCUACCUCCUGCCGCAGACCACAGCUGACAGGAAGGGGGGCUCGGGGCCGCGGCGCUCGCUGAGCGUGGAGGACAUCGGAGCGCCCGCCCGGCUGCGUGCAGUGGGUCGUGUGGUGGAGGUCUUCCCCGACGGCACCAGCCAGCUGGAGCUGCAGCGACCCCCCAGCGCCGCCUUCGGCUUCUGCGUCACCUCCGGGAACGGCCGCCCCGACACAGGUGUCUACGUGCAGGAGAUGGCAGACGCCGGCACGGCCAAGCUGUACGCAGGGCUCCUGGGCGUGGGGGACGAGAUCCUGCAGGUGAACGGCACGGCCGUGUCGGCGCUGGGGCUGCCGCGCAUCCAGCAGCUGCUGCUGCAGGCGGACACCCUGUCCCUCCGCGUGCUCAGGCACCGUCCCGCGCCCCGGCAGCCCCGGCAGCCCCGGCAGCCCCGGUAGCCCCGGUGCUGCUCCUGGGAAGCCUGCCCCAAGGAGGACGUUGUCCCGGGACGCUGCAGUAUGUGGUGUGACCGACCCGGGUUUUCUUGAGUGCGUUUCCCAGCCCCUGGCAGACAGAACAGGACCAAGGGCCCCCCCUCACACUGUCAAGCAUCAACAGGAGCUUUCCCAUGUAUGGGGACAGGAUAGCUCAGCCCUGCCAUUGAGCUGUGGUGGGUCUGUCCUGCUGGGCACUGGGGUGCCCCAUCUCCAUGACCCCCCAGGAGACAGGAAGUUCCCUGCCAGUGCUGGCAGCCUUUGCCUGUGGGCUGGUGGCUUCCUUCUAAGUUAUUGCAAGCUGCAUAAAAAAAUAUAUAUACACACA